AUGGCGCUGGUUUAUCUAACGGCAUCACCGUUGAAGACUCUCGUCUUUCCAGCGCCACCGCUCUUCACCGUCGAAGAGUGUCACCUUUCUAGCGCCACCACUAUUUUCACCGUCGCGUCCGUCUAUCGGUCGCUCGUCCUCUCGCAUCUUCUUUCAACGUUUGGAGCCUCCCCGUCUCGUUAUGAGCGUCAAGAGGCAAAGAAGAUCAAUGAAGAAGUUGCAGACUGUGCCUAUGGCCCCUGUGGAAGAGAAGUUCACUCGUUGUAA